AUGAGCUCAAAGGACGAAUGCACGUUCGAAAUAACAAUUACCAACUUUAGUACCUGUUGUCGACUAUGCUUGUCGUGCAACGAAUCUGAUCGUUACUUGGAUAUCUCCAAAACGACGUUGGACUCCGAUAAUGAUAUCACAUUGAAAGAAGCUAUGGAGAAGGUCACCAACAACGAGAUACUGGUAACCAGCAAGCUCCCCUCGAAACUCUGCAAAUUAUGUUCAGCCCGGGUGGACGAUGCGUAUUGCUUCAUUCAAGACUUUCACCGUACAAAUGAAUUGCUCCUAAAUUAUCUCGAUAAUGAGGCACUCGAAACGGUCGCUGAGGAACACAACAAUCCCGACAGCUGUGACUCCACCGAAAGUGACGAAAUUCACAUGGAAAUCGAGCAAGAACUGGAAGAACAGCUGGUGGAAGAAAGCGAAACGAACGAUCGUUCUGAGGACGAAAAGCGAGCGCUAACAGCAGUCGAAAUCGUCCUGCAGCAAAUUGGUAUGAAAGCAAGCGACCCGAAACCCCGCGCAGAACAGCGUACCGCCACCGUGCAUCUUUGCAACGUGUGUGAUAAAUCGUUCCUGCGGCGGUCCAACUUGGUCGAUCAUUUGCGGCUUCACGCGCAGGUCAAGAUGUACGAGUGCGAUUACUGUGACAAAAGUUUCGUCCAGUCCGGCAACCUGAAAUCCCACCUGCGGACGCAUACGGCCGAAAAACCGUUCGAGUGCAACAUUUGCGGCAAAGCGUUCACGCAAUCGAGUUCAAUGAAGACACAUAUGCUAACGCACACGAACGUGAAACCGUUUGCGUGCGAUGUGUGCGAAAAGGGAUUUACCAGCAGCUCCGAUCUGAACAAACACAAACGGACCCACUCCGGCAUCAAACCAUACCAAUGCAUUAUCUGUGCGAAUCGGCUUUUCACGCAGAAGGUGCACCUACGGAACCAUCUGGCUCGCAUGCACCCGACCAGUAAUAUAACUGAGGCGCUAAAAUUAGGAGUUGUAACAUGA